AUGGGACCACGAAGGAAGAAAGCAGCGCAACUUCGAUCGGGCCCACUGAAUCCUGAUCCUCAGCCACGCCGACCCCUGCAAGACUUGCAGUGGUUGACGAUGCCUCCACGCAUGCGUCAUAUCAUUGGAAGAAUGCAUUAUUACAAUCAACUUAUCGCCUGCUACCUAGCCGGUAGUAUUGAAACACCACACAUGGCCAUCUUCGAAGACCAGCGAAAUUGGAUCCAGCGCUCUCUUCUCGAGCUUCCAUACUUCGAUGAGGUUGUCGUAGAACCAGACGGUCCAUUUUCACGAUUCGACCACGAAGCUGUCCGUGCCAGUCUGCUAUUUUAUAGUUACCUAGUUAUCUUUCCUAUACCGUUUGCUUAUAGCCCUUAUGAUAGAUUGAGACAACUACUGAUGGGGAUUUUAAUGGAUGAGGGAGCUCAGAAUCUUCCUCAGCCAUUUUUGCUAUGGGCAGUUAGCCUUGGUGCUAUAUCGGAGAUUCAAAUUCUUGGCCACCUUCAAGACAGUCAACAGUGCUGGAACGAUUACAAGUCCGUCGUUCAGUCUGUGAUGUGGCAAGAUAGCGUACUUGAUCCUUUCAUGCAGCGGAUAUGGCUGGCACAUAUUCUGGCGGUUUGA